GCGCGUGUGAGGCCAAGGUACCUCGAGCGUUUGUGCGCCGUGGCUCGCGCUCUCAGGAGGCGGCGCUGUGCUGUGGUACAGACCUCGGGGCGGCGUUGUCCGCGCGGCCAGGCACCUGGGAGGGUGAAGGCGAGAGGCAGAUGACGACGCUGAACACAGGCUCUGCAAGAAUCUCCAUAAUGAAUGGAUCCAGUGUGGCAAGUACAUCACCCAGUGUGAAAUGCAAAGAGGACCAAGGGUUAAAUGGACAUGAGGAGAAAGAAAACCCUUUUGCAGAAUACAUGUGGAUGGAAAAUGAAGAGGAUUUCAACAGACAGGUGGAGGAAGAGCUGCAGGAGCAAGACUUCUUGGACCGAUGCUUCCAGGAGAUGCUGGAUGAAGAGGACCAGGACUGGUUCAUCCCAGCACGAGACCUGCCUCAGGCUGUGGGACACUUACAGCAGCAGUUAAAUGGACUAUCAGUUGGUGACAGUCAUGAAUCUGAAGACAUUUUGAGCAAAAGUAACCUGAAUCCAGAUGCCAAGGAGUUUAUUCCAGGAGUGAAGUACUGAGCUGUUGGAAGCUUCCAGAAGGACUUGUCUUGUCCCCGUACCUGGGGCCAGCAAUGCACAAAAAGGCGGAGCUGAAGGGGGGUGGCAAGGGUGUGCAGCCAGGGCGGGUUGGGUUGGGAAGGUGGCUUAACUGGAUAUUGUGACUGAGUAACUAAUGUGCGAGGUACUACUCUCCAAGCCUGAGCAUGGCUCUUCUCUUGUGCUGACUUGCUCAGAGCAGUUUCCAAUUUUACUUUAUUUUUGAUGAGCUCUUUGGAGUUAAGGAACUGCAGUUGUUUUUCCCUUGUAAGGAAUGUUGUCUGCAUUUUAGCAAAAUAAGCUGACCAAGAAAAACAGUAUUUAAGAAAUAAUUUUCCCUGCUGUGUACCUACCAGGAGCAGGGUACCUGGAGAGUUUAAGGAGUUUGCAGCUGGGUAGUAGAGGGAAAAACAGGAGAUACAAACCAGAUACAGCACUCAGCUCCCCAUCCCCUGACAUUUCCAUGAUGAACUGGGAUACCAGUGGCCCAUAAAGCUCUUGUCUCCUGUCCUGAACUCAAGAGAAAACAGAUUUGAAAGUUCUUGGAUGAAUGUAACUUUGGAUGGAUGUGAGUUGUACAUCAGGAAAGCAGGGCUUGAUGGUGACUCAUUUAGUGACUGCUGUCCUGUCCUCAGUGUAUAGCUGCUGUCACUCAUCUGGGUUGCUUUGCCUUCAUGAUCUUCAUAGGGGCUGCUUCUGGCUCUUUUCCCCCUCAGCUCUAAAAGACACUAUUAGUCAAAGUCUGCAAUGGGCCUUUAGCUGUGUUAAUUACAUCUUGAAUCUUUUUGGACAGUUUUGUUUUCCUAAGUCCCUUCAGUAUCUGAUUCUUAUGAUGUCUUAAUUCCCUUAAAUUUUCUGCUUUUUUUUUUUUUUUUUUCAAGGAAAUACAUGUUUCCAGACACUAGCAAGCUGCUUAGUUCAGUUUGGGUGUUUCUUAUGCCUUCCAGAGUGAUUCCCAGAAACUGAGCUGCUGCGCGGCCCCACCCAAGUGCACAAGACCGGGCUUUCUGUGUACAUGAAGCUGUUACUAGGUGUUACUGCUUCCACAGACCAACCUCUCUAGUUUCCUCAUGGUCCUGUCUGGUGCACUCUUAGUUCUACUUGUCACUCACUAAGGUUUUUGUUGAUACUCUGUGGAACUGAAUCUUACCAAGAGCUGCUGCUAUGAGUAGAGGUGAGGUGGUCGUGUCUGAGGGUGAAAGAACAAGUGUCCUGUCCUGAUCAUACUCCAAGGACAAGGGACUUGGGAGGAUUGAUAGUGCUGUGACUUCUGUGUGGCUAUCACUGUGCUGUAUGAUAGGUCUGGAAAGAUCAUGCAGCUUCCAGUAGUUCGUCAGAUCAGCAUGUAGAUAUGGGCAGAGACUGGAAGGAAAGGACUGCGGUCUGGAAAGUUGUUCCCCUUUUCAAAUGGACUGGUUUGCUGAGUUUCCAUUUUGUCUUGGUGCCAUGGAUAGAACCCAGAGUCUCACUUGUGCCAGGUUAGUCCUACCCUUUAGCUGUUCUCAACCCUCCCUUGAUUUGAACACAGUCCCAGCAGUUAAAAAAGUCCCUCUUUUUCCUGUUUGAGUCUCAUAAGAUGGCAUCUUGUGAAAGUGGCCUCCCACUCAUGUCACAUCUUAGCAGCUCAGGGAACUUGUAUCAAUUCCCAAAACCUCGCCAUCAAGAGAGAAUGAAACUAGGAACUCCUUCUGAAAGGACUUUAUUCCUGCUUAAGCUUUUAGCUUGGCUUGUCACCUCUUAUAAGAAGAAAGGGAGGGUAUGGGUAGGACAUUCAAAAAGAUUCUCUUGUAGUCUCCAUGAGAUCAAAAUUUAUCAGGAUUGCAGGAAGAUCCUUGAGAAUCUUUGUCUCCAUAGUGCACCUUUCUCUGAGUACCCGUCUGGGAAGCUUAUGCAAGCCUGAGGUGUCUUUGUUCCAUCCUUAAGUUUUGCUCUUUGGAAGCUAAGCUGCUAGGAGUGGUCCAAGAGGCUGGCCUCCCUCCCUGUGCUGGCUCUUUUAUUUGGAUGUCAUUUUCUAGCCUGGUUUCAGGGGUGUGUGCUGUUGGGUAUACCUGGAAUUCAAGGGCUGGUGUGUUGAGUCCACCUCAGAGGCAAGGUACUGUAGGCUUGGGAUGCAGCCAAUGAACUGGUUCUUAGUAAUUUAUGGAAAGACUUAUUCCUGUGACCCAACUCUUCUACCGUCCAAUGUUGUGAGGAAGCACAGUUGUACCCUAGACUACAGACUCAGCCCCAAUUAUGAGUUUUAGGUUGUUUUUGGAAUUCUCAAACUCAAAUUGCUAUAUAAAUUCUUAUACAGCAAUAGAAAGCAUUCUAAAUAGUUGCUAGUCUGGCUGGUCACAGUAUCCAUUUAUUAGAGACUGAGUUCUGUGAUUAUUUGACCUUAUUAACUUGGGGGGGGGUGCCUCUUCAUGAAUUUUGGACUGCAUCACAAAUCUGAGGUAGCCAAAGCCUUGGUACUGUAGCUCAGGGUCAGGACCAGUUUCUAUCUGUAGUGUACCUGACUUGAGGUUAUCAUAUAAACAAGCCAGAAGAUACUCAGAAGAUUGGGUCUUUUUUAUUGAACCCAGGCCCUCACAUGUGCUAUGCAAGCACUACACCAAGCUGUAUUCCAGGCCUGCUAAAGGCUGAGACUGGGGUAGCAUUCCUAUUUCCAAAGUCACAUGACCUAUGAUUGCUUCAUUAAGAUUGUAAGGUUAACCAUGGCUUAAAAAUAAAUGGUUUUGGUGAACUAA